UAGUGAGUGACGCAGUAGUGACGCGGCGGGUCUCUAAUAAGGAUCCGCUCAGUCAGUAAAGCGCAGGUCAAACAGCGAUAGACACCCUCACACACUGACACUUUAUUAUAUUCACCCGUACAACACUGAGACAUGGACUCGGACGAGGGCUAUAACUACGAGUUUGAUGAUGAAGAGGAGGAGGAAGAAGAGGAGGAGGAGUGCAGCGAGGACAGCGGGGAAGAGGAGGCCGAGGAUGAGGACCUGGGCGAGGUGGAGCUGCUGGACCCCGCCGUGGCCGGAGGAGAGCCCGACGAUUGCGUUGACACCGGCGGCGGCAGUGGCGGCGGCGGCCUGGGGCCCGGCCAGGAUGAUGAGGACUACCGCUUCGAGGUGCUGACCACCGAGCAGAUCCUCCAGCACAUGGUGGAGUGCAUCAGGGAGGUCAACGAGGUCAUACAGAACCCAGCUACGAUAACCAGAAUACUCCUCAGUCACUUCAACUGGGACAAAGAGAAGCUGAUGGAGAGGUACUUUGAUGGAAAUCUGGACAAGUUGUUUUCAGAGUGCCACGUCAUAAACCCCAGUAAAAAGCCCAAAACGCGACCAAUGAGCACACGCUCCUCCAGUCAGGAUAUGCCCUGCCAGAUCUGCUAUCUCAACUACCCAAACUCGUAUUUCACAGGUCUUGAAUGUGGACACAAGUUCUGCAUGCAGUGCUGGGGUGACUACUUAACCACCAAAAUCAUUGAGGAAGGGAUGGGACAGACCAUCUCAUGUCCUGCUCACAACUGUGAUAUUUUGGUUGACGAUAACACUGUAAUGCGACUGAUCACAGAUUCUAAAGUGAAGUUGAAGUAUCAGCAUUUAAUCACAAAUAGUUUUGUAGAGUGUAACAGACUGUUGAAAUGGUGUCCGGCUCCUGACUGCCACCAUGUGGUCAAAGUUCAGUAUCCUGAUGCCAAACCAGUUCGCUGCAAAUGCGGGAGACAGUUUUGUUUCAAUUGUGGAGAGAACUGGCAUGACCCUGUAAAAUGCAAGUGGUUGAGGAAGUGGAUAAAGAAGUGUGAUGAUGACAGUGAAACAUCCAACUGGAUUGCAGCAAAUACCAAGGAAUGUCCCAAAUGUCAUGUGACCAUUGAAAAAGACGGCGGCUGUAAUCACAUGGUGUGUCGAAACCAGAAUUGUAAAGCAGAGUUCUGCUGGGUUUGUCUCGGUCCUUGGGAACCUCACGGCUCUGCUUGGUACAACUGCAAUCGUUACAAUGAAGAUGAUGCAAAGGCAGCCAGAGAUGCUCAAGAGCGAUCCCGUGCAGCCCUGCAGCGCUACCUCUUCUACUGCAACCGCUACAUGAACCACAUGCAGAGUCUGCGCUUUGAGCACAAGUUGUACGCGCAGGUGAAGCAGAAGAUGGAGGAGAUGCAGCAGCACAAUAUGUCAUGGAUCGAGGUGCAGUUCCUGAAGAAGGCCGUGGAUGUGCUGUGCCAGUGUCGCUCCACGCUCAUGUUCACCUACGUCUUCGCCUUCUACCUCAAAAAGAACAACCAGUCUAUCAUUUUCGAGAACAAUCAGGCUGAUUUGGAGAACGCUACAGAGGUGCUCUCGGGUUAUCUAGAGCGAGAUAUCUCCCAGGAUUCUUUGCAAGAUAUCAAACAGAAAGUUCAGGAUAAGUAUAGAUACUGUGAGAGCCGGCGACGAGUGCUGCUACAGCACGUUCACGAGGGCUAUGAGAAAGACUUGUGGGAGUACAUUGAAGACUGAGCAGAAGCGCUGCGUCACAAGCUUCGGAGCAUAGAAAAGCAGCGAACACGCUGCGGUCUCCAGUCGGCCAUCACCGCAGCCCCUCUCCAUGUUGCAUCCUUUUUACGUGGCAUCUGGAUUUUUGUUAUUAUUUAGCGUUUAAGUUAAUUUUACUGAAAUAAAAAGGUAGAAUAUUCAAAUAAAACUCCUACGUCAGUAUUGCAGUCUGUAAGAGUUGAUUGUCAAAACGGCACGGAAAUGUAUUCCAUUCUCCAGGCUUUCUGUGGAGAUUCUUCAGUAGUCCGUUUUUUAUUUUUUUAGUGCUUUUUGUCAUUUUGUCUGAAGUUGUUUUUAUAGUUGGAGUUGAGAUUGGCUUGUCUUAAGCAUAGCUUUACAGGCCUGAGCCAUGCGGAGUGUGUUGUGUUUUGGGAAUGCUUGGUCAGGUGGCUUUAUGCAGAAGUGUGUAUUUCAAGCUGUAAAUAGCACACGUGCAUGGAACGUGGAGUGGGAUGCAUCUUUUUUUGUUUGUUUGUUUGUUUUUUUGGAAAAAUAUUUAUUCUUUACAGAUAUUCAAGAAUGUGUUUAAACAACAUGAGAAGAGGUCACGUGACAUUUUUGCCUCGUGUUUUUUUGUUUAGUUUUUUUCGCUGGAGGUUAACGACCUUUCCAGAACAUUGCACACCCGAAUCAGAGGCAUAGUAACAGCAGGGUAACGGUAGCCUUAAUUACAUGCAAAUAUACAAUGAAUAAAAAGUAGAAUUGCAUGAAUCUCACACAAAAAUAUCUGGGUCGUAUUUCACCCCAAAUUCAAAAGGAAAAAAUUUUGCAAGAAAAUUAUGCCUAUUUUUAGAAGCAGUAUGUUAAUUAUGUUCCACUAAGUUUGCAUCAAGUAAUUAAAUUUAUUAAAAUUAAACCAAAUUCUCAUUACUAAAAUGCAAAACACAGCUCAUUAAUUUGGGAAUAAAAGUUUUUUUUUUUUUUUUUUUUUUUUUUAUAUACAAUGCAUUGCAUUAUACAAUGCAUUGGCAUUAUGGAAAUGAGAAUUAGAGGUUUAAUGGUCUAAAAUAUUUCCCUUUUUUAUUUAAAAUAUAUGGAAAUAAAUAAUAAAAUAUUUUGAUAUUUAUUCAAUAUAAAUAAUAGUAAUUACUAUUAAUGUAUUAUUUGCAAUAAUAUUGUUGUUAUUAUUAUUAUUAUUUUUAUACAGAAUAAAGAUUAACAUUUGUUCAUUUCUGUUAUAUAUAAUGUAAAGAUCAUUGUGAUUUAUAAUAGUAUUUUUAAAAUAUUAGUAGUAGUAGUAGUAGUAGUAUCACUAUUAACUUUAUAUAUUAUUGAAAUAAAUAAAUAUUUUAAUAUUUAUUCAGUAUAAAUAAUAUUUUUAUAUAAUUACUAUUCACAUAUUUUCAAUAAUAAUUUUGUUAUUAUUAUUAUUAUUAUUAUUAUUAUAUUAUUAUGCUGAAUAAAUGUAAAAUAUUUUACUGAUUAUUUCCAUUACAUAUAAUGUAAAGUUCAUUGUGAUUAUAAUAAUAUUAUUUUUAUAAUAAUAAUAUUAUUACAAUUACAAUUUAAAUAUUUAUUCAAUAUAAAUAAUAGUAAUUACUAUUAAUGUAUUAUUUGCAAUAAUACUUUUGUUGUUGUUAUUUAUACUGAAUAAAUAUUAAAGAUUUUAUUUCUAUUAUAUAUAAUAUAAAGUUCAUUGUGAUUUAUAAUAAUAAUAUUUUUAUAAUAUUAUUAUUAGUUGUAGUAGUAGUAUAAUCACUAUUAACUUUACUGUAUAUAUUAUUGAAAUUAAUAAUAAAGUAUUUUAAUAUUUAUUUAGUAUAAACAGUAAUAAUUACUAUUAAUGUAAUAUUUUCAAUGAUGUUGUUACUGUUACGCUGAAUAUAUAUCAAAUGUUUUAUUGUUUAUUUUUAUUACAUAUAAUGUAAAGUUCAUUGUGAUUAUAAUAAUAAUAUUAUUACAAUUACAAUUUAAAUAUUUAUUCAAUAUAAAUAAUAGUAAUUACUAUUAAUGUAUUAUUUGCAAUAAUUUUGUUGUUUAUACUAAAUAAAUAUUCAAUAUUUUAUUGUUUAUUUCUAUUAUAUAUAAUGAAAGUUUAUUGCAAUAAUAAUAAUCAUCAUUUAAAAAUAUAGAUUUUGUUUUUGAGGUGAAAUAUGACCCAGAAAUCUUCUCGACCGUUUACAUGAGAUUCACCGAAUUGCUCUCAUUGUCAAUUGCAGUUCUGGAUGUGGACGUUUUAAGUGUUUGGUUUGAGCUAAGAUCGACUGGAACAUACACUCAUUUGUUUUAAUGAGCCAUCUCGUCUUAGUGGAUGUUUGGCUGAACGUCUUUAAAAACAGCUGUUAUAGCGAACGCACUACCAGAUGUUCCAUGAGAGCAAACUUGAGUGACAUUCACUCACUAACAACUAAAGUCUCAAAUGCUUUUACCUGUUUUUCGUUUUCUUUUUUAAACGUAUGCACCUUUUGUAGUGUGAGAGGAGGCAGAUGAUAUAUUGAAAGCACUGUUGUAUUUCUUCACACGACUGCCAAGUGGUUACGAGGCUUACUGGUACUGACUAUCAAGCACUAAUGUGGAGUAGAUCGAAAAACGAAACACUUCAUAGUCAAGCCUGGCUGUCAUGAACAAAAAGUUGGCCUUUUCUGUUCAACUAAAAGGGCAAAUAUGAGCGCUGUGUUUACACUAAUAUCAGAAAUGGCGAGAGACGUCGAGCUCAGUACAGUAUGCGAACAGAUGUGACACCCGUUGUUAUUUUUUUAUUUCGCAAGUCACCGUUUUUCCUUUCUGUAGGUCAUUUCAUCACCCCGUUUGAGUGCAUGGUAAUCAUUCUCAGUGCAUCAAACAUGUUUGCAUCUGAACUCAGUUUGUAGGGUAGUUUACAGCAGCUUCUACUAAUUCUAAUGUCACAUUUUAUGGCCUCCAUGAUUGGCACUUGAAGUUUGUGCUCAUGUUUAAUUAAUCUCUCAUUGGAAAAGGAAAAAAAACAACAACUGAGAAACAGCAGUGUUGCCUGUGUUGACAGAUGAGAUUUUUUUUCACCAAAGUGUGAAUAUAUGAAUUAAAAGUGAACAGUCUCUGAUUUAGAGAAAUGUUCAUCUACGGUGGCUUUCCUGUGUUAUAACCAUUCUUAUAAAAAUGUCCUAUUUAAAUAAAUCUCAUUCAAAAGUA